UUCAGACAACGUAAAUCGUGGGCUGUAGACCUAGAAAAUUAAACUGUACAAAACGACCGAAAGCUUUAAAUGUACAUCACUAAGGACGAUUUCUGUUUUAGAUCGCGAUCGCCAACUGCUGAGUUCCCAGUGCUAUAAUUGUGAUAUUCAAACUUUUCCCGCUGCUAAGCCCAUACGUCAACACCAAAAAGACCAGCGAAUACACCGGAAAAUGAACAUUAUUCAAAAUUAUUCCGGGAUCAUCUACGUUUACGCUCCAAAGCUACAGCAUAUAUAUCGUAGAGGCGCGGCCGUUUCUUCAGUGAAUAAUCGUAGUUUUAAUGUAUGUCAAUAUAAUUAUGUGUCAUAAAGGUGUUGCAGUGUUCCCCGGACCUUAUUAGUUUCUCGUAAUUUGUUUUUUUCCGUCGUUCCCAGUCAAUAAGUGAGGGUGUGUCUUUCCAACGAAGCAAUGCUGACCUAAAUAUCAGCAGUACCAUCGGGGUUUACCAUUUCCGGAAAUUGUGCCAUGGUAUAUAUAAGAUAAAGGGUUGUCCUCUCCGCAGCUAGGAUGGAUCGAGCGGAGCCACGGAUCAUGACGCGGCACUCACCCACGACGCACGUCGCUACGCCGCCAUGGCGCUGCUGAUGCGACGUCUACUCGUAGACGCUCAGGCAAAGCUUCGCAGAAUGGUAGAGGAACACUCUGCUAACUUAACCUCUCGGAUAGACUCCGACUACCCCAACUCUCUCCCAGCCCCUGUCCCCGGCCCCGCUUGCUUGGCGCAAGAACUGAAGCUGUCCGAAUCGGCUUCUUCUUCGACCACCGCCGGUCAGGCAGACGCCAACUUCGUCAAACCCCUGCUUGGCUCAGAAGAGGCGGAUACUAAUGCUUGUGAUGUAGAUGUUAAGUGUGUUAGUGAUAAUAAAAAAGACAGUUACAAGUCGAACAGACCGAACUCCAUCGAAUCCAGAAGGAGUAAAUCAUUGUGUAACACCAGCUCGGUGGAUUCCAACGAGGACGCUAAGAAGGAGAUCAAGAAGACCAAGUCGAACCCCGUUAAAUGCGAAAUUAGUAACGUCGAUACUGAGAAGACUGCAAGUGAUAGUAAGGAGAUUAGUAUGACGAUAGAAGAGAGCGCUAGUCCUUUGAAGGACAGUAGGUCCUCCCCAGAGAAUAGAUCUGACUCGCCAAAACCGGGGUGUAGUAGCCAACCAGAUUUAGAUUCCUCAUCUCCACGUUCCCCCAGAAGUUCCGACGGCAAUAGAGACGAUCUAUCAGCUUUAAUACCUUCCCCAUCGAACUAUCCGAAAUCCGCGACCGCGAUUCGCAGGCUGCGGCUGGAAAACGAGCGGCUGCAAGCCGAGGUUACCAGGCUGAGGCGGCUGGUCGUGUCUGGGGCGACAUCCGUGCUCUCGGAGAAGAAAACUCCAACUGAAAACAGCGAUCCCUCUUCCAAGACACACGCCCUCGAGAUGGAGUUGCAGCUGGCGAAGGAGGCGCUGACGACACUGAAGGCUGACAAAAGACGACUGAAAGCCGAGAAAUUCGACCUGCUGAACCAAAUGAAGCAAUUGUAUGCGACCCUUGAAGACAAGGAGAAAGAAUUGAGGGACUUCAUCAGAAGUUACGGGCAGGUGAGGGAUAAUGAGACCUCAUUACAACAACUUUCCACUGAACGCGAAGAAAGAGAACGAGAGAGGUGGAGUCUGCUCAGGCACGCCAGGGAUGAGGCAGAACGCAGCCUAUCACUUGCCGCACAGCUUAACGCCAAGGAGUUGCAGCUUCAACAGGCACAGGAGCAACUUCAAGAAGCUCGCAGACAGCUAGCAUCUAGCGGUUGCUUGUCAGACCAAGAAUCGCUCGCAUCACUGCCACGCCACAGCAUCAACGGGGGGGCUCUCACCCCCGGUUCUGGGGGCCUGCUCUCGGGGCACCACGGCCUAGGGCUGUUGCCAGGUGACCGCGGAAGUUGCAGCGCCGAUUCGGGAGUACGGGUGAGCUCCGAUCGCGAGAGUGGCGCCACUUCCGUCGCUGGCAACCUCUCGGAUUCCACCACGGACGGCACGCCGACCAUCACAGUGGAAGGGAGCAACAGGGAGGUCGACGCGGUGUCGGUGGUGUCAUCGGUACCUCCCCCGCACAUGUACCAAUUAUCAACAAAAGACUGCAGUCCAACCCUAUCACCUCUAAACGCUAACAAUUUCUCCAGAUCUGUAGACUCAGCUACUCUAUCCAGAUCCGUGGAACAACUUAGCUCUCCCUUAGAACCAGAACCAAUUACGAUAGGUAGAAGGGUCAAGCAACCGACUAGGCCGUCAAGCGGUCGAGGUGGUACCUGGGGAAGUAUAUCCAGGGUGUUUGCCCGCUCGAGACAUAGAAACAAAGCCAGCUCAUUACAGGAAACAAGUGAACAUAGUUAUGAGCCGUACCGCAGUUGGUCACCCCUGACGGAGGAAGGUUACGCAGAGAAGCUCCGGUUAUUAAGGGAAGCCAGCAGUAUUCCGAUGGAGAGAUGGAGGGCCCCCACAGUGCUGGCGUGGUUGGAAGUGGCGUUGGGAAUGCCUCAGUAUGGGGCCAGAUGUGCGGAGAAUAUUAAGAGUGGAAAGAUUGGUCCUUUGCAUGGCCAGGUCCUCUUAGAGCUCAGUGACUUGGAACUAGAGUGCGGACUUGGGAUUACCCAUCCAAUGCACAGGAAGAAGAUCCGCCUAGCAAUCGAAGAACACCGCCAUCCAGCGUUGGUCCGAUAUCCGUGCAUUGCUCAACUUGGCCACACCUGGGUCUCCAGCGAAUGGCUACCGGAUCUGGGACUGUCCCAGUACUCAGAGAGCUUCGCAGCGAACAUGGUCGACGCAAGGAUGCUGGAACACUUGAGCAAGAAGGAGCUUGAGAAGUACUUGGGAGUUACAAGGAAAUUUCAUCAGGCAUCUAUAGUGCAUGGUAUACAUCUUCUACGUAUAAUGAAAUACGACAGACAGGCACUAGCCGUACGCAGGCAUCAGUGUGAAAAUAUGGAUGCCGAUCCGUUAGUCUGGACGAACCAGCGAUUUAUCAGAUGGGCGAGAAGCAUCGAUUUGGGGGAAUAUGCCGAUAAUUUAAAGGAUAGUGGCGUUCAUGGUGGGUUGGUAGUAUUAGAGCCAUCGUUUAAUGGCGAUACGAUGGCAACAGCCCUGGGAAUACCAGCAAGUAAAAACAUAAUAAGAAGACAUUUGACCGCCGAACUAGAAGCUUUAAUUUUACCGGCAAGAUCCACACUAGAGCACUAUGUUCGAGUCAGGUCCAAAUCGAGGGUUCCAGGAGGCUCUUUGGGGCGGUCGUUUUCGAGGUCGUGCGGAGGGCUUUCUGCGCCUCCCCCAGUAAAUAGAGACUUACUUAAUGCGGACUCGCGUAGAACGAGCAUCAGGGGCUCUCUCAGUCGUGCUCUGGGUCUGAACAAAACCAAAAUCGACAGGGAGCGCGAAAAACAAUCGCCCACAUCAAGCUCCGAAAAUUCAUCAGUCAUCAGUCGCAUCAGCCCACCCCUUCAGUAUUUCUCCACGAAGUCAUCCAGAUCGGGAGGAGAGUCGCCCAUAUACGCACAACCUUUCGCCCAUAUCCACCCUUCAAGUUUGUACCAGCGCAGGUCGGAAGAUUACGACACAUACGCGUGUAGGUCUAUCGACGAAUAUGACAUCACGAAGAGUGUCCAAAGCAUCCGAUCGGAAUCGGACCAAAGAGAUAACAUAUCAAAGAAAGAGAAGAGCAAACUGUUCAGUGGUUUGGCUGGUGGUAGUCUGCAUCGCGGUAAAAAGCAACACAGGAGAGUUCGAAGCAUCGGUGAUAUUGACGUAAUUCACGUAGAACCAGUUUAGUUUUUACAUUUGUUAAGAAAAUAUAUGAAUAUAAAGCAAUUAGGAACUAAAACAAUAAAGUAAAUUGAGUAAAAUAUAUCUAUAUAAAAUAUAUAUGACAAAUACUGAAAAAUGAAGUAACUAGUUAAAUCUAAAUUGCUCAUAUUUUCUCAUAAGUUUUAAAAUUAUAUAAUUAGCUAUCCUAACGUUAGAUAUUGGUAAAUAACAUCCCAAAUUUAACAUUUUCUCGUUUUAUGGAAAAUUCACAGAUGCUAACCUUGCAACAUAUUUGCUGACAAUGCACAUUUAUAAUACAAUGUACUAACUAAUAUUACAAUAUUAUAUAUAAUUUUUACAUGUCUGUCUGAUACAAUUUAGUAAAAUUAAAUAAGGAAAAGUAUCUGAAUGAAGUCUAGUCAGUAAUCUCUAGAAUAAUAGUUGUUUGAAAACAAGGGAUCAGGAAUCACUUUGUCAGUGUUAUUUAAUGACAUUUUACAGUAAAAUAUGUACAUUCUAGGGGCAAUAGGAUAUUAAUUAACAUUUUUUCCCCUUUUUAAUAAGUUAGGUACUCUUUUUUUUUAAAAGUAAAACAUCGUAUACUUUCUAAUUCUAAGAAAAAAUAGGCUCUUGUGGAUUUUACUUAAUUUUCUGAGAAUACAAAACGCGAAUAUUGGAAAGGGCCCGUCGUGUUUUUUUUUACAAAUAAUUUGAAUAAAUUCCGA